AUGCCGAGGUGGGAAGACAUUAGGGAUGACCUGUUUGAGGCCAUCAUUCAGGCACAUCCUCCCAUUGGCAAGGAGCAGCAGGCUGAGAUUGUUGCGCACAUGCGAGCCAGAGGGCAUGACAUGGGCUGGAAUGCCAUUCGGUACGACAAUCGUUACCGUCAUCACGCACCCACCAUGCCUGGGCAACGCGUUCUCCAGAACUGGGAUGCAGAAACGCACGAGGAUGUGCUGCUCGCCCUGAUUGAGCACAUGAAGCCUACUGGAGGAAACUGGACUGCUAUUGUCGCAUCUCUCCACCGCAAGGGCUACACCUUCACUGAAGGGGCUUUAGUG